GAAGAAGAUCCUAACCACUAGUUUGUUCGCAUUGUGGAUGGGGUGUUAUUAUUUCCUGUGGGCGGAGGAAGGGAGAGGCUUGCCACUGCAAAGAAGUGCAAACCCGUCUCACAUUCACAGUCCACCGACCACAGAUACAAACGCAUUAACCAUCCGGACCGAGGACACGCCGAGACGUGGAAGGGCGAGGUGGACUCCCUUCCCACAUUUAGCCAUUUAUAUGCCCCGUUGUUGGUUGUAAGCAAGGGCAUCGCGUGUUUUUAGUACUUUACAACCAGCUGUUGAUUCAAAGUAGCCACAAAACAAAGACUCCAGACACGGACGAGCAACUGGACUGCUGGUCCAAACGCUGCCCGGAGGUUUAUUUCCAUAGCAAAUGUGGUUUUAAAAGAGCGCCGGAUAGUUUGCUAAAUCGCCGUUGACACGUGUUAAGAUGGACGUGAGGCUGCUCCUGAUGUCAGUCCUUCUCGGACUCAGUAGGGCACAACUAGAUGGUAACGAAUGCACCAAGGCCUCGGCCCAGUCCUGUGGAGAAUGCAUUCAGGCUGGAGAAAAGUGUGGCUGGUGUACAGACAAGGACUUUCUGAAACAGGGUGAGCAGAAGUCCACACGCUGUGAUGAGGUUGAAGCUCUGAUUAAGAAGGGCUGUUCUGAAGCCAGCAUAGAAAAUCCUCGGGGAACUGUUAGCGUCAACAAGAACCAAUCUUUAACAGACCGCACAAAGGAUGGAGUAAAACUGAAGCCAGACCAGAUCACCCAGAUUCAACCACAGAAACUCACCCUAGACCUCAGAUCAGGUGAAGCUCAGACGUUUCAUCUGACAUUCAAGAGGGCUGAGGAUUAUCCUAUAGAUCUCUACUACCUGAUGGACCUCAGCUACUCAAUGAAAGAUGAUUUAGAGAACGUUAAAAACCUGGGAACCGACCUUAUGCUUGAAAUGCAAAAGAUCACCUCUGACUUCAGGAUUGGCUUUGGCUCCUUUGUGGAGAAAACUGUCAUGCCGUACAUCAGCACAACACCAGCCAAACUGCUAAACCCCUGCACAUCAGACCAGAACUGCACCAGCCCGUUCAGCUAUAAAAAUGUGCUGAGUUUGACUGCAGAUGGAUUUCAGUUUAAUAACCUUGUUAGCAAGCAGCAGAUCUCAGGUAACCUGGACUCACCAGAGGGAGGGUUCGAUGCCAUCAUGCAAGUGGCUGUCUGUGCGAAUCAGAUCGGCUGGAGGAAUGUUACCCGUCUGCUUGUGUUUUCCACGGACGCUGGAUUCCACUUCGCUGGAGACGGAAAACUGGGCGGCAUCGUGCUUCCUAAUGAUGGGAAAUGCCAUCUGCAGGAUAACAUGUACACCAUGAGCCAUUACUAUGACUAUCCUUCGAUUGCACAUCUUGUUCAAAAAUUAAGUGAAAACAACAUUCAGACCAUUUUUGCAGUAACUGAAGAGUUCCAGCCAGUUUACCAGGAGCUGAAAAACCUCAUUCCAAAGUCAGCUGUGGGAACGCUAUCCUCCGACUCGGGCAAUGUGAUAAAACUCAUUAUUGAUGCAUAUAAUUCUCUGUCCUCUGAGAUCAUUCUGGAGAACAGUAGACUCCCCGAAGGGGUUUCCAUCUCCUACAUCUCCCACUGCAAGAAUGGAGUGAGCGAAAAAGGAGAAAAUGGACGAAAGUGCUCCAACAUCUCCAUUGGGGAUCAGGUGACGUUUGAAGUAGCGAUCACGGCUAAAGGCUGUCCAUCUAAUGGCAAAUCAGAAACUAUAAAAAUCAAGCCACUGGGCUUCACUGAGGAGGUGGAGAUCGUCCUCAACUUCAUCUGCGAAUGUGAGUGUCAUAAAGGCGGAAUCGCGAACAGUCCAGUGUGUCACUUUGGCAACGGUACCCUGGAGUGUGGAGCAUGCAGGUGCAAUGAGGGACGUAUCGGCAGAGUUUGUGAAUGUAGUAAAGACGAGGUCAGAACAGAAGAUCUGGACGCGAACUGCCGCAUGGAUAACGGAACGGACAUCUGCAGCAACAAUGGGGACUGCGUUUGUGGAACAUGUGAGUGCAAAAAAAGAGACAACCCAGAGGAGAGAUACAGUGGAAAGUUCUGCGAGUGUGACAACUUCAACUGCGACCGCUCCAACAACAAGCUCUGCGGAGGUCAUGGUCGUUGUGAAUGCCGAAAGUGUACCUGUGACGCUAACUACACAGGCAGUGCGUGCGACUGCUCUCUGGACACCUCCACCUGUCUGGCCAGUAACAAACAGAUCUGUAACGGUCGGGGCACCUGCGAGUGUGGCGUGUGUAAAUGUACCGACUCAAAGUUUCAGGGUCCAACUUGUGAAAUCUGCCCAACCUGCCCUGGAGUUUGUACUGAACACAAGUGA